CCACGAGGUUUCCGCCUUCUCGGGACGACGAUUCCGCCUCCCCAUUGAGAUAACGGAGAAAUCCACAAACCACGGGCUAGAGCGGCAGGCAACCGCUAUCUGCCAAGCAGGGCCCACAUGUAAGACCCACCUCUAUUCUUCCAACUGCUUGCUUCCUUCGCUCGCUGUUGCAGAUCGAGAGAGAGAUGGAAGGGGAGGAGAGGAAGAGGGUGCUGGUGGUGGGGGGAAGCGGCUACCUGGGCCAGCACCUCCUCGCCGCGCUCGCCUCUCCCGGCGGCGGCGGCGGCGGCGUUGACGUCGAUGUAGCCUUCACGCACCACAGCGAGGCCGCGCCGCGGCAGCUUCUCGACGCGCUCCCCCGCCUCCGCGCCUUCCGAGUCGACCUCCGCUCCGGCGACGGCCUCGAGGACAUCGCCGCGUCGUUCGGCCAGCCACAUGUAAUUGUAAACUGUGCUGCAAUCUCAGUUCCUCGGGCAUGUGAAAUGGAUCCAGCUGCUGCUAUGGCUACUAAUAUACCUUCUUCACUUGUCAAUUGGUCACUAAGCUUCGGGAAUAGCAAGUCCCUUUUGAUACAUCUCUCAACAGAUCAAGUUUAUGAGGGUGUUAAAUCCUUCUACAAAGAGGAGGAUGAAACAUUGCCGGUGAACAUGUAUGGGAAAUCAAAAGUUGCUUCAGAGAAGUUCAUUACUGAAAACUGCCCAAAUUAUGCUAUCUUAAGAAGCAGCAUUAUAUAUGGGCCACAAACAAUAUCUCCUGUGGCAAAGUCUCUCCCUAUUCAGUGGAUGGAUGGUGUCCUUUCACAACGUCAACAAGUUGACUUUUUUAAUGAUGAGUAUCGCUGCCCAGUUUAUGUAAAAGAUAUGGUGGAUGUAAUAUUGGCUUUAACAAAAAAAUGGUUAUCAGAUGGUAAAACAAUUCAGGUACUUCUGAAUGUCGGUGGACCAGAUAGGGUUUCGAGACUGCAGAUGGCUGAGUCUGUUGCUGAUGUUCGUGGAUAUAGCCAUUCUAUAAUUAAAUCUGUACCUGCAUCAUCGGUUAACCGGGGUGUAGCUUCUCCAUCAGACAUAUCCAUGGAUAUCACCAGGCUAACUCAGAUGCUCGGCAUCCAGCCAAUUACAUUUCAGGAUGGAGUCAGAGCUACACUUGAUGCAGAAUCCAGUUCAUGAUAUUCCUAAAUGGUUUGUUCAAGUUUUAAGAAAGUUGACUGAAUCAAAAUAUUGAAAUGUGACACAAAGAACCCCAUUUAUUUCCUUUUUAUCCGGCAAUGAAGUCUGCCGGAAUUGCAGCAGUGGUAGAUUCUGUUUGGUCUGCGUGAAAGAUGUAACUUAGUUAUCAUCAGACAACUUGCUCUUGGUUUUACGCUUCUACUGCCUGAUUGUACCAUUCUGAAUACAAAAUGGAAUUUCUUCAGAAGUUUGUAAUUCUAUUGUACGAGAUGUACCAUUACUAUCUCUAUAAUCAAUGAAGUAUCUUUACAAUA